AUGCAAACAAUCCAAUCAUUCUACCACGCCGUUUACAAUGAUUCGACAAAACCACGCGGACAGUGGAAACUUGCAAGGACUGUCGACCGCUCACACUACUGCGCCACAUUGAAACUCCCAAAUGGACAAACGAUAACGCGACCAUUCAACCUCUUGUACCCACUAGAAUUACCGUCAUCGAAGACAAAAGUCUCGGAACAUAUCACUGAGAACACCACGGGACAUCCAACGUCUACUGAUGAAAAAAGAGCAAGAAAGCCACAAAGACUUCAUCCGAUGAUCACGCAAAGCCUUAAGAGAAGCGCCUCUUCCGCAUUCCUGACAAUCAUCCAACUUCUGCUAAGCACAGCUUCUGCCGACAUCACGUCAUACACCCCACCAAACACCAAAUGUGCAUCGCGACCGCAGACAAUCAACACCAUCAUCUACGCAGAUCAAUGCAUAUCUCAAGGAAUCGCCGUAACCACUUCAAUAACAAAGGACAGGAAACCAUCAUUUUGCUGGCUACCAUUAAUGUGUCCUCUUGGACACAUUCGAAGUCCAGUGCCCAAAAUGCCAAAUACAGGAUUCUGUGGAAGCAAGUGCCCGUGCCCCUCCUGGACAACAUCCUGCAGUGCCUACAAUGGAAGACUUGCCAAAAAUUCGACAUUCAAAAACACUCCAUUCGCCAUCGCUCAUUUCAUCCCGCAUCGAGUCUGUUCAUUCACACAAGCCGAACACUGCUCAAAGGAAAGAAAAAUAGGAGCAUUCUAUCAAAUCGAGUUAUACGACAGUACUCUCAUCCUCGUCCCAGACCUCCACGUGAGGACGGCCGAGUUUCUACACAAGGACGACUACUACUGCUUCGAUCAUCAAGGAAACGAGUUUGAAGACAGAUCUCGAACAAUGAAACGUUUACAACAUGCAAUGCUGGAGCAUGACCGACGUAAUCACAGCAACAGCAGCAUCGUUGCUGAUACUAAUCUUCUGCAGAUUGCUAUCACUCUUUUUUGUCUGCUUUUGGUGGCUAACCACCAAGCUUCUCCGUUUACUGAAAAAGAUGAUCUCAUCCAUCACCCAACGGAUAGGAAACCGUCGUCGGAAAUACACUCUUCCACAAUUUCCGUCAAACUCCAAAAGAAGAACACAGAAGUUCGCACGGACCCUUCCACUCACCCUUGCACUCAAAACGUCACUGCAGCCAGCACUACCUUGUUCUGA